AUGUCAUCAGAAGGAACAAGCAGUCCUCGCUCGAGAACAGGGUCGAUUCCUUUAGGAGAAAAUGGGAAUCAUCAACCAGGUCAAGGUGAAUCUUCAAAAGCACCGUAUAGGCAUCUACCUAAAUACGCCUUCACAUCAAUUGAAUAUCCUGGACCGAUCUCACAUCCUUCUUCGAUACUAAAAGUGGUAUCUCAAGAAGAUAUAAAUGAAUGUUUCAAUGCAAAUGUAAACGCCGGUGGAAAUGGAAAUACGAAUGCUUCAUCGAAUUGGGGUGGAAAUAACGGUAACGGUAACAGCAACAAUAGACCUCUUUUGGAGAUGAGGUAUAGGGGGAAUGACGAAUCAGGUGGUCCGGUGCGAGGUCAUCGAAUCCCUACGCAGAAAUUACUCUUGAGGAUAGUCAAGAGAAGGAAAAAGGGAAAAGAAAAGGAUGAAGGUGUUUUCACUUCUGAGGUACUUGGAUCUAUUCCUCAAACAGUCAGAUUUAGAUCUAUGGCAGACUAUCAAUGGACGCCUGAUCCGAAUGGGCCAACCUCAACUUUAAUAGAUUCUCUGAAAGCUCUGGACUAUAACGCUAUACUGGAUUAUUCUUUCCCUCCUCUCGAUGAAGUGUUCGAUGACCCUGCCGAGAAUGAGUUUGAUCCCUCAAUCAAGUUUCGAUCAAGAUUGGAUCUUCAACCUACCCCGUUAUUCUCCACUCGAAACCUUCCUUACCUCUACAACUAUAAAAUACCAAAUCAAGUUCAAGCAGAUGAUUUCUUCGAUAGGCGUACCCAGACAUACAAAAGGAGAUUAAUCAAUAAAAGUAGAACAGCAGGUGCUGUACCUAUAAACGUAGCGCAUAAUCAUAAAUUAGGUCAGGUCCCUAAAGAGCCUACCAAUUUAGCCAAAUCCAAAAUGGGUGAAUUAGAUCCUGCUUUAUUACAAAAAUUGAGAGAUAUGUUUGAGAUAAGACCUGUGUGGAUGAGACAUUCUUUGUUCUCUCAGUUCGAUGAAGAAGAACGUAAAGAGUUAUUUAGGACUAAAGCUUACGUUCCUACCGUAUCUUAUAUAAUGGGUACAGGACCAUUUUGGAAAUGCCUUGUCAAAUUCGGUUAUGAUCCAUGUGCAGAUCCUGAAUCUUACAAAUAUCAACGUAUAUUCUUUUAUCCCAAUAAGAAAACGACUAAAACACCUAUUAACGUCGAUCCACUCGACUCUGAAGAAGAAGGUGAGGAACCGAAGAAUAAGGGUUGGUGGUCAAACGAACAGGAUAAAUUGAUUCAACAAGGUGAAAGACCACCUCUGGAUCCGAAAAAAGCACACUCGUUCGAUGGUAAACAUCUUUAUAGAGAAAGGGGUGAUUAUCAACUGUGUGAUGUAACAGAUCCAUUGAUCGAGAAAUACAUAAAUGAAAAGAACAAUCUACAAUCGAAAUGUUCAGCAAAAUCAGGAUGGUUCACUUCACGUUCAUUCACCUUGAUCAAAUCUCUGGUCAGGACGAAAUAUAUUUUUAUUUGGGAAAAUCAUCAUCCCGCUCCGGACAGUAUCUGUCAAGGUAUAAUAGAUGAUUAUGAAAAGAGUAAGCUAAAUAAUCCCGAAGAUGCAGAAGGAGAUGAUGGAGAAGAGGAAGAAGACGAGGAUGACCAAGAGGAAGAUGAAGAUGAUGAUGGUAAUCAAGGCGAACUCGAAGGUAAUUUCAGUUCGCCAAGUAAAAGUAACAGAGCUGAAGACGAUAACGAUAAUAACAAUGAUCAUGACAUGCAAAGCGAUUAA